CGGCGGUCGGGACGCAGGAGGGGCCCCCCGGGCUCCCUUCCCCUUCCCUCCCUCCGCGGCGGGCGGCGCUGGAGGAUUUUCUCCCGCCGCGGCCCCCUCGCUGUCCCCCAGACAUGGUAGGUCACCUCCAGCUGCAAGGGAUGGACGAGAGCCUGAAGGAGAAGAGCCGGGAAGGCUUGCUGGACAGUCCGGACUCGGGGCUGCCCCCCAGCCCCAGCCCCCCCUUCUACUCCCUGUCGCCCGGUGAGGGCCGAGCAGGGGGCAGCGGCGGUGCGGACCCCCCGGCCCCGGGCCACCGGCGAGAGGCCAAGGACGGCAAAGUGAUGCCUUAUCUGCUCCUGAACCCAUCCAUGCCAGAGAUAAGGCCGCGAAUGUACCCGGUGUUUUUUGGAGAAAGCAUUGAGGUCAACCCUGAGCCCGUGCAGGAAAUCAGAUGCAAUUCUGAGGUGAAGUACGACUCGGAGAAGCACUACCGGGACGACAUCUUCUACGGCCCCAUCCCCACGGUCACCACCUACAGCGAGACCAUCAUCGCCGCUCCCAACUGCACCUGGCGCAACUACAAGUCCCAGCUCAUCUUCGAGCCCCGCCAGAAGCCGGUGAGGUUUCAGAGCACGACCAUCAUUUUCCCUAAGCGUGCCAAGAACAUUUACCGGACCACCCUCAACUACAGCUUGGGCUGUGCCAAGCGCUGGUUCGCUUCCAGCGUGCAGCUGGAACUGUGUGAGGAAACCAGCCCGUGCGUCAUGUACAGCGAGAGCCUCUGAUCCGUGCGACCCCGCCGGGGCACGGCCUGCACGGGGCUCUGGCUGCGCCUUGCCUGGUGGCAACUGAACAUUCACGGCCGGAGAGCAGCUCCCGAGGCUUGCAGGGCACAGGAUGGUUUUGAUCAGUGAGAGGCUGGCUUGUGUUUUGCGACGUUCCUGACAUUCAUGAUCUGGAUUUUAUUUUUGGGUUGUUUGUUUUGUUUUUUUUUUUCUCCGAGCGUAUCUAUUUUUGGCUUGUGUUUAGAUGAAAUCAAGAUGACAAAGGACCCUGUUACCCAUUGCAGAGUGAUGCCUUAUGAGCUCUGUAGGUCUUGUCUAGCACAUAGGUGAGAGUCAUUGUAAGCUUCAGAGCUAUUUUGGUCUCUGCAAAGGGAAGACCAACUGCAGAGUCAGCGUCUGUUCGGCCCAGCACACACCAGGCCCGAUCUCUUUGAGAGCUGAAAUGCAGAGGAGGUGGUUAUUUGUACCAGUACAUCACAGCUUGCUCCAACAGCUCCUCUCAGUGAGAGCUGCCCUAUUACAGCACCACAGUCACCUCACUUCCUGAGAGGAGUGGAGACUGUCACCCCAAGAAAAAGAGGAUUUAAACAGGUCCCCCAGCUCUUGCUAGCAGCUGGAUGUUUGUGUCCCAUAGCAAAGCACAGCACAACCAGGAGAUGGGAGGAAGGCCUGCUGUGAUGCAUAGACACAUCUUUUGUGAGCCCAGCCAGGAGCAAGGAGGGAGACUGAGGAAAGUGAACAGCUGAAGGACUAGUUUCUAAAAGUGACUGAGAGAUUUAGGAACCCAAUGCCCUUCUAUCAAAAGUAUUGCCAUACCAAGUGUACCAUGCUGUUCACUGCCUCCAACACCUAAUUAAGGGAUCUGUAUGCACUUGCAGCCCUUCUGAGUUUCAGGGUGUGGCUGUAUUGCAGAGAGGAGUGUAGAGCAGAAAGUUCCCUGGUUUCUUUAAAGCCAGGGCAGGGUUAACUCACCCUCUCAAUAGUUUCCAUAUUUGUGGCAUGGGCAGCUUUUCUGCAUGUAGAGGAGCAGCCAAACUUUCUCAGUGUAGAGCUUGAAGGAUUGAAGAGCCCAAAUCCAUCUGGGUUUUCCUUACUCAGCCAGGCUGUAGCACUAAAAACAGCAACUCCACAAACAGCUGAACUGUCUCUGCAACAGGACCAAGGAACAGUGAGCAGGAGUCAGUGCAACCAUCCUAGGGUAAAACAUUCCCCAGUCAUGAGUCCCAUCUCCUGCUUUAUCUUCACUUCGGUUUCUUGAUGAAAAUCUGCAAGAGCCUGGAUUCCCACAAACAUAUAACUUUGAAAAUAGCACGGAAUUGUCUCCAAAAAUCUUACCAAGAAUUUUUGCAUGCUGCUCCGACUUAGAAAUAACCACACAGCUCCGGAAAUUAAUUUCCAGCUUUCUCUCUUCUAAACUUUCCAUUUUGUUCCUGACUUGCUGUGAGUCUGAUGGAGUUAUUUCAGAACACAGCUGAGCAGCCAAGUCAGAAAGCCUAUUAACAAUGUCAACAAGACGUAGCUGAUUGCCCAGAACAGUUGACGCACAAACCCGCUGAGAUUUAAAAAAAAAAAGUCUGAGAAACUUGAAAAAAUAAUAAAAUUAGUGACUUUUAAAGAUACUUUUUCCAUCAGUUUCAAAAAGCAGUUGGUAAAUGUGACCAGAACUGUGACCUUUAUGAAACAGAGUUCUCUUGUUUAAAAUGUAGCACAGUUUUUCCACCAGAGGUAAAUAUAAAGUCUUUAAAUACAAACUUCAAUCCUGACAGCUGGAGCAUCGUUAGUGCUGAAAGAUGUGUGUUAUGGCAGUGCUGAACUCUCCCUGCCCACUGGGAGUUAAGGCUUGGUAGGAAGAACCCCUCAAAGGAUUUCCAAGGCUUCCACCUACUGUUGAAUCCUUUACAGCAGCACAAACAAGGACUAUAUUUGUUAGUGGUCAGGUUCUGCUGUCACUGUCUGUCAGCAUCAAAGCCUGGAAAAGCAGCAUCUGCCUCCAGAGGGAUUAUUAUGCCUGAAGCAACCCUUCUCCCCAGGGCUCCAGCAGACAGAGCUGGCUUAGGCAGCAGGGAGUUGGUGCCUGGAUGAACGUGGCCCCAGUGCAGUGAGGUUGGUGAUGCACUUACUUGCUGGUUCAUCUUUGGGUCUGUCCUGUUGGCCACGUGCUGCUGAUGGGCCUUGGGAGCAGGGGAAAUACCCCUGUGGCACAUGCAGGGCUCAGUGCCUGCAUCCCUGAGGGUCUGUGCCAAGGGCAGGGUCCCAGGCUGACAGCAGGGCCAUCCAGGUCCAAAAGCAAGGCCAAACUCACACCCAGGAGAUCCCUGCACCAUGACAGAGGGGACUGAUGGAGACAGGCUGACCUCAGAGCCUCUCCCUGGUCUGACCACACAUCAGGCUUUGCCCCUUUGAACAGCUGGAUUAUGCCCCUGCUUUGAGCACAAAGCUGCUGUUCUUGAACAUGGUGGUCUUUGAGCAGGACAGCUUUUCCUGAGAAAAACUCCUUUCUUCAUGACUGGCUGCAGGUUUCUGCCCACUCUGCCCACUGUUAGUUCUGUUUCCUAAAUAUCAGCUGCAGCAGUAAAAGAAAAUUCAAGGCAAGCCAAAAAAACCCAGUGUGCAAAUACAAAUCCAGCAGAGAGACUGAACCUCAACCUGGACUUUCACCUCACAGGGAGAGGGGCUGCUGAGGCAAAGUCUCACAGGUGGAUGUGACCCCAGGAGGGUGCAGUGGAGGGCUGCAUCCUUGGUGCUGGAGGGUCCCACACACCCAGCCCAGGCCUCUUUGAAGCUUCAUGCUUUGUUUUCUCUGCAAACACACCAGAAGUGACCUAACAUGCUCCUGCUCCUUUGAGUUUAAGCAGCUUUUCUGGUUUUGCCAUGUAGGGGGGAAAAAAAAAAAGAUAGAAAGCAGCUUGUGUUUCUAGGCUGCUGAGCACAUUCUGAGCUGUGUAGCCAGGGUGGCUGUGGUGGGACUGUCACCCUGGACCAGUCCAAACUGGGACAUUGCCAAGUGCCUGGGAUCUGGAGAAAUUUUUGAAAAAUCCCUUCUUAUAUGGUAUCUGCCAUGGGCCCAUCACAAGCUGAUUUUCUGUCAGCAAAGGCUGGUGUUGGAAAGGGACUCUGUUUUUCCUGAGGUCAAGGAAACCACAGAGGGUCAAGUCCUCACAUCCCAGCCUCCUGCCCACUCUGUCCCUGCUGCUCCCAUCCCUGUGGCUGGGUUAGGCAGUGCUAGAAAAGCCAAAGUUCAUCUUACUCAUGACUGGAAAAGUGAUGACUUUUUUUGUUUUGCUUAAACACCAGAAACUGAAUUGUCUUUUUGUGUUGCCAAUGAAGAAUCAUUCUGGGCAGCCAAGAAGUGCCUUGUGCCAUACCUGUGGUGUGGUUGUACAUCUGAAAGGAACAAUUAGUCCCACUAGGGAGGUGCUUUUCUUUUUAAUGGAGUGUUGUUGAUCUCAGCCAACAGAUGUUUGUUCCUGUAUGUUUCUCAAAGAUACAAAUGAUAAAUUUAGACCAAGGUAAUGUGAGUUUCCUUGAACAGCUGGGACUGUGGCUACACCAUUUCCCCCCAGGUUCCUGAUGUGCAUGUUGCCCACAGCUCUGCAAGCCUGAUGGGUAAAGUCAGACACUGCCUUUAUCUUUUUUGAUGAGGGGAAGAUUGUUUUUUUUUUUUUUCAAUAUGGAAAGUCCCUAUCUCAAAGGUGGGGGGUCUCUCCCAUUUUCUCCCAUCUCUCCCUAUGAUUCUUUUGCCCUGGAAUACAACAGAGUGUGCUCCUGUCUGGCCUGCCUGCAUUGCUGUCAUUGCAUUUGGGGCCAAAAAGAUGAAACCCUAACCAAAUAUUGAACUUUUAGAAGCCGUGGAAUAUGUUGCACAAACUGCAGAGAACAACUUUGACCAAAAGUUUACUGCUUGUCUUUAUAGUUUGUCUUUUUCUUUUUUUUUUUUUUUUCCCUUCCUAAGCCAGCUCUACUUUCCUCAAUGUGAAAUACAGACAGGUUUGCACCCUGGGUGCACACUUUCUGGGACUGUUGAAAUGGUGUUUGGGUGUUGAUAGCAGUGUUUGAGUGAGCUGCUGGUCAGAGAAGUGAAUGCUAUUUACUAUUUAUGUUGAGUGUGUCUUAAAAAAAAUGGGAAAGGUCACCAGAGGGCUAAUGAGCAAAAAAGACUUUGUGGAGACUUUAAACUGAAGACUGAAGACUGUGUGAGACUGACAUAGGAGUGAACGGUUCUGUGUGUGAACACUGUGAUCUAGGAUAUUUAGCCAUUGUGGUUUUAACCUGCCUCUUUUCCUGUAGGAAAAGGCAUCUUUGCCUUUUUUAGAGCUGAAACAAAAUCAGAUCCAUCCUCUGACACAGUCACUCAGCCCUGCUGCAGCCUGUGAGCAUCAGCAUUCCCCAGGCUCACGAGGUGCUUUCUGAGCAUCAAUCAAACAGGCCCAGAGCUGUGCCUCUGUGAGACGGGGCAAUGCUUUGGAGGGAUGAUGGAUCUUCUUGGGGGAUAUUCAGAUUUUUAUUGCCAGAUAAAGUCUGCUCCCUGAGGAUCACCUGAUCACUCACAAAUUGAUCUGUUCUAAACAGCUCCCCUAAAGCUCUAUAACCAGUGGAUUUUAUAAGUCUUGGGAGGCGCUAAUUCUUUUUCAGAUACUGUAAUGGCCAUCAGAAUGAGCAAAGUAUCAUAUGAAUUGUGACCUGAGGAUGGGAUUGAAAGGUGUCUGAAGGUUAGAGAAGGAAGAAGAGAACUUAAAAGUGGUGGAAAUGCAUAAGGAUGUGUCAUAUUUUUAUUUUUGUAAGUCUGAUUCUCUAAGUGCUUGUAAAGUACUUUACUGUUGUAUAUGUGGUGAUGCAGUAGCUCACAAUAUCCUUUUAUUUUUGUAUAUUCCUUCCUCCACCAUAAUCCCUUUCUGUUCAACUCAUAGAGAGUAAUUUAAGAAGACAAAAUUUAUAUAUCAUAAUAAAAUGCUCAAACCCU